AUGACACGUCGUUUCUUCGAGGUGAGCGAUGUUUCUGAGCGACUAGCCCAACUGCAGCGCUGCAUGGGAGUGCUGCAGGAGCCCGGAGGCCAUCAGGGACGCUUAGGGGCCACGCUAAGGGCCACGCUGGCACUGAUGGCCAGCAUUCUGACCCAGUGUGAUCUGCAUUGUCACAGUCAGGCCCUCCGCUCAAUGACCGAACAGCUAGAAACUGCUGCAGUGGGCCGCGACGGCGAGAAGGACCUUUUAAUGCUACUGGGGAGUAUCGUACAAAACCCGCCAACAGUGGCUCCAUCAGCAAGGUUGUACCCUCAGAGCUGUGCCGAGAUCCAUCAUCUAGGAAUCGAAGAGAACGGAAUUUACACCAUCCAGCCAGACCCACGUCGCCCUGCCCUCGAGGCUGCCUGUGACAUGGAGACAGCAGGUGGGGGCUGGACCGUGUUUCAGCGGCGUCUUGAUGGCUCGGCGGACUUCAACCGCACCUGGCAGGAGUACCGGGAUGGCUUUGGCUCCCCUCAAGGGGAGCACUGGCUGGGCAACGGGGCCCUGCACGCCCUGGCGGGCUCUGGGCAGAACGUGCUGCGUAUCCAGCUGGAGGAUUGGCACCUGCAGAGGCGCCAGGCCACCUACAGCACCUUUCGGGUAGCAUCUGAGGCCAGUAGGUACCGACUGACAGCACGGGACUACUCCGGUGACGCAGGAAAUGCUCUCAGCUACAGUAAACGCUACAACCACGAUGGGCGUCCGUUCAGCACCUCUGACAGGGACCACGACCGCUACACAUCUGGGAACUGCGCACAGUACUAUGGAGCUGGCUGGUGGUUCGAUUCCUGCUUCGCAGCUAACUUGAACGGCAAGUACUACCGCGGGCGGUACAGCGGCCUCACCAAUGGCAUCUAUUGGGGCACGUGGUACAUCCUAACAGAUGCGCGUACUGGGGAGAGGUACUCCUUCAAGACUGUUGAGAUGAAGACUCGGCCACGAGGUUUCUGA